CAAGCCGGCACCCGGACACUGUGCUCCUACACUAAGAACAGUCGGCUAUAUUGUGCUUAACAAAGUCCAUUUUCUUUCAACUGACUGAGACACAGUCGGAAAAGUGUACUCGAGAGACUUCUAAACCAGCGUUCAACUGCCUACUCGACAUAGACUAAGAGUAAUCUGUUCAUUUAAAGCAAACCCAAAGCUCGGCGGCUCAGUUGAAGUUCUCAAUAGGAGUUGAAGGCAGAGGGAACACGAUGAAGUACCCACUUCUCGCAGCACUGAUCGCUCAAGGGAUCGUUUCGUUCAGCAGUGCUAAGGACCUACCACCCCAGAGUUGCAAAGAUGAAAAUGGAAAUGAAGUUGACUGGUUCAUCAUCUACAAGCUUCCUCGAAGUACACUAAAAUCCGUCAAUCCAACAGGAGGCAAGUUCGCGUACGUGGACUCCGAGAACAGCAAGAAAACACUGGAAUACUGGCCGAUUUCGCAACAGGACCUGUUCAAGAACAGCAACCCGAUUGCCUACACGCUUCGGUCCUUGUACGAGAGAACCACGAGUGAGGACAUCCUAUAUUUUGCAUACAAUGACGAGCCACCAAAAACCUCCGAAGGAAAGUGGAAAGGGAAAGGCCACAGCAAAGGUGUCGUCCUGUUCGACAAAACUGCUGGCUUCUGGCUCCUGCACAGCGUGCCGAAAUUCAUGAAAGGACUGAAGAGUGGACAAUACGUCUUUCCGGAGAAUGCCAAAAAUAAUGGCCAAAUGUUCGUGUGCUUCACGUUCAGAACAGAACAAGUCGAAAAGAUUGCUGAGCUCCUACGCACUCAGAACGCGAAAGUGUACGCUCGCCAGCUACCCGGAUGGAUUGACGACAGUUUCGAGAAAGUGACGCUUCUCGCCAGCAACAAAUUCGAAGAAAAAAGCAAAACCUUGAAAACCACCCUUGCAACGAAACGCGGUCACAUUCUACGGGCAUACUCCAAAUCAGCGUCGGCAGGGGAAGAUCUCUUUGCUGACGAGCUUUUUAUGGACUUGAAGGAACGCAUCGUUGUGCAGUCCUGGAUGAAUGGUAAUGGAGGCAAAUAUUUAUCUGCUGACGACGUGAAUCACGUAGUUGCCAUGGAACUAAAGUCCAAGGAAAACAAAAUAUUUCCAUUCGAGACCACUGUCGACCAUAGCAAGUGGGCAUUCACCAAUAAAAGUGAUAUUUUCUGCUUGGCUUCUACGAAUCGCAAACCAUCUCAAGAAAAGCGUGGCGGAGAAGCCCUGUGUUUCAAUAACCGUGUGGUCAAGGAUCUCUUCUGCAGCGGUGUGAAGUACGUUUCAUCUGAAGCCAUCGUCACCCACCACGCAGACCGUAAGAGGCCGCGUUGCGAAUCUAGCAGAAGGAAGGCGUAGCGUUCCGAAGCCAAGCUACUCCAAGUUGGCGACCUUGUGCCUUCUUCUGGCACCUUCUUCGAUCAGCGUGUUCCACUGGGACCUUUAUAUAGACAUAGUGUAAAAUAAACACAGCCAAAAAAAUCAACGCACCUCUAAGAAGUGAAUCCUGACGUGUGGGUGAAGCUCUGGAUAUCGUAUGGCUGAAUAACAAUACACGGCUAAAGCGUUACCCCGUUUAAUUAAAAUGAGUGACCAAGUGACAAACAGUGGACGAAAAAGCUAGGUCCUAAGGUCCACAUUGUCUAUGUUGAACUCGCCGACUAGCAUAAAGGGUUUGUUCUUGUAGUUGUUUCAUAUCGCUUCAUCACAAUCAUGAUUGUUCACUUAUUCUCAACCUUCUUCCAAUCACAUUCACACAUAUGCUUCGACUUUGGCCCUGGUUCGCUAUACAUCAUGGCAGUGGACAGUGAGAGUUGACGUGAAAGCUAAGUCCUAAGGUCCUUAAUGUCUACGUUGAAGUCACCAGCUAGUAAAAAUUGGUUCGUGCUUCUA